AUGGAACACGGGGCUGCCUUUGCCUUGCCACUGGAAAGUGUCAUUCUAACUCUAUCUUCUUCCUUCUAUUUCUGGUAUUAUGCUGUCACUAUAGAGCUAGCCGAGCUGCAUGAGCUUGUUGUUCGUUUUAUUCCAAAACAAGAAAUUUUUAUGCCUGAGAUGGUAAAUGAAAAAUUACCACCACGUACAUUUCUCGAAAACCUGAUGGCAGAUAGAAGAGACGUGAAAGAAUUUCCUAAAAAUCUAAUUUCAUUUCCUAAAACGCCCACGCCAACCGUGAUGAUGAAUAAAGAUCGAAUAUCGAGUGUGCUUAAGAUGUUCAUUAAGAAAUCAUAA